UGAUACAGGUAUAUACACAAUACAGUGCAUACGGUUAAAACUGUCUACACCUGUAGGGAUUUAUUAAUACUUUUGCAACUUUUAUAUCUUUAUUCCUUGUGAAUGUAGACUUUUACUUUAAUUUCUGACAGCUGGUUCUAUAACAAAUUUUUGCCAUGUGAAGUUUUCAUUACAAAAAAUAAUACAAACAUGCGGAUGUUAAUAUUUGUCUAUGUAUUCCUAUCUUCAGCUACUGCACAACAACCUGGCUUAAAAUUUAAGGAAGGCUUUCAAGAAUUUCUGAACACAAAUAAGUAUAAUGGUGCACAGGUUGGCGUGAUAGUAGCCAACAGGCUUGCCUAUGCAAAAACUUAUGGAAAAGGCCAUGAUGAUACAAACUUAGAACUAUUAGCUAAACAUCAAAUCUCAGCCAUAUCUAAAGCUUUCACAUCUAUUGCAAUUCUUAAACUUCACGAUGAAGGCAAACUAACUUUAGAUUCCAAAGUGUUUGGCACAGACGGCAUUCUACCGGAAGUCAAACCAUGGAAAGAAGAAAACAUAGACAAAAGAAUUUACGACAUCACUGUUGAAAAUUUACUGUACCAUACAGCUGGGUGGGAUUAUGUCCAUUCAAGUAUGGCAGAUCCAAUGCUUAAUUCAGCAUUGCUGAAAAGAGGUGAAACAACAAAAAAUAUCAGCAAGGAAAUGAAACUGGUAACAGAGGAAACAUCACGUGACAUCAUACGGUACAUGUUAUCUGAAAGAUUGGAUUACACGCCUGGAACAAAAUCCGUUAUUUCUAACUUAGGGUAUGUGAUUCUUGGUAGAAUUAUUGAAGAAGUUUCGGAUUUUCCAUAUGAGGAUUAUGUAAAAACGAUCAUAUUAUUUCCAUGUGGAAUGAUGCAUACACGCAUUGGAAAGAUUCAUCGUUGCAUCAAACAUGACAACGACCCUGCAUUCAAAUGUGAAGUCACCUCGCGCCUCGUCGAUGCUGCACUGGGAUGGGAAUCUAAUGUGUAUGAUUUGGCGCGGUUGUCACAAUGUAUGGACGGAUCAGCUGACUUUUCUAUCAUCAGUGAUAAAAUGGCAAAAUUGUUAUUACAUAAACCCAAAGCAGUUCCGGUCCAACACAGUGACACGUGGAUAGGUCCUGGAUUUCAUGUAAACAACAAAGGAGCGAUUUGGAUAGAGAGUGAGCGUUACACGAACGAUCUGCUCUUCUAUCAUACUGGGCCUUUUCAUGGAAAGUUAAAAUCAAUUCUGGAAAAACAUAAACCAACAGCCUUGAUUGUUUUGCUUGAAGGUCAAAAUUAUGCACCAAUUAAAUAUCUUGUACGCGAAAUGGUGAAUGAUGAAACCAACUGGCCAUUAGAAAACCUUCUCCUUGAUGAUGUAGCCGACGUCACUUUAAAAGUGGGAAACACUGACAGAAUUAUUAAAUAUGAGAUUAAUGAACAUCACAUUAAACCGUACACGCAUGCAAUUGGACAAUUGAGAUAUGACAUCAAAUGGAUCCAUGGUCAUUUGUUUUCCGGGUCUUCCAUAUUUACUGUGAUUGCCGAAAAGACUAAUAUACCCAUCUAUGAUAAAGUGAUCGUCGAAAGUGGACUAAGUGAAAAAAGACUGCAGACACAAAAACUCCACCUUGAAAAAUCUAAUUAUAAUUUGACUUUUCUGCAUACAUACAGGAGUUACACACAUGAUAAAAGAGCAGUUUUCUUAGCCAUUUACCGAAAGCAUGCGUAUGCAAACACGACUAUCAUCCGAUACGGAGAAGAACAUUAUACACAACCGUACCGGAAACUUCUCCAUCUUUACGAGGAAAGGGGGUUUUAUCCCACGUCUCAAUCUAUUGUCCAUAGUGGCUAUGAUGGUCUCGUGUCGUUCAUACUUGAAGAAGACCCCACAUCGAAAGAAACGAAGAGCUUUAAAUCGUAUUGCGAAAUCGGUCACCAUCGACUGAACAACCUCGUCAUGUCAAGUUUUCGCCAUGGACGACGUUUGAAAUAUCUCGAUUCAUCAGACUACUUCGGAAAACCAGUGUUUUCUGCCAUUUUUGUUAAAGAAAAAAUGAACAAAAUUAUGUUCAACAGUAACAUUAACGAAGCCGAGCUGAUGACACUGUUGACCGAGCAGCAAAGAAACGGACUUCUGCCCUCAAUAAUUGUUGGUUAUACAGACAAAUACGGCGAUCUCAAAUAUGCUACAUAUUUAGAACCCCCAAAGUAAUAAUGUUUUAAACACAAGUGAUCAUAAAAAUUGCAUUUCAAGCGCUAUAAUAUGCACAUUUGUAUUAUUCGUGAAUUGUCGGUUCUGUUAUGGCGACUGUAAAUAGUUGAUCGGAAUGCUGGAGUUGGAGAAAGGUGAACGGUUAACAAUUGUUUUCUCCGCCUAUUAAAUAUAUUAUGACAGAAAGGGAUAUAAUAUAUGCUUGUUAUGGAAGAAUAACGAAAAUCAGCUGGGCUGUAAGCUGUUUAUAAGCUUUUAAAGAAUGAUGAGAAUUAUUUCUUACAUUUUUGUGUUAUCAAUUUGUACAUUUAAUUUUUCAUCUAUUAUGCUUCAUUGCUUUUGAAGAUGCACAUUCAUCAGACAAAGUAAAUCGUUUUUUUUUAAGUUUUGUUGAAUCUUACUUUCAGAAUAAAUCGCUAUAAUAAA